AUGGGUGCAGGAUCAGAUUCUGCUGGAUUUGCAGCGGGUGAUACUGUUGACAAUGCGUGUGAUGGUAUACAACGUUUGGCGCUCACACAUUCUGGUAGAUUUGAUCCUGGCAAGGGGAAGGGGAAGGCUGUUGUUUCCAGUCAUGCUGCUGGCGAUGCAGCAAUUGAUAGUGAGGGAGAUGAGGAUGGGAUUAUGGGUAUUGUGGAUGGGCAGGAGUGCACUGUGUGUUUGGAAAGCAUGGGGAAUGGAGCCCGUCUGAUGUGGUUACCAUGCGCGCAUUGUUACCACCACGAUUGCAUUAUGCCGUGGAUUAUGGGAGGGCAUUCAAGCUGCCCCUGUUGUCGUCACCCUUUAUACAUACAAGGCGUUUCAGCGUACAAUCAGACCUGCUUGGCGUCUAAGAUGGCGUCUCAGCCGUGCUGCGCGCCUGUCGCCAGCGGCGCGCUUUCCGUGCCAUCCGCGUUACAGGCAAAUGCGACAUCCGCCACCAGCGCGAGCGCCAGUCUGUUCCCGUCACAUACAGGCCUGCACCAGUCGCGCCGACCGGCGCACACCGCCUCCUCUGCUGCCAUUUUUCCUGAGCGCAACACUGGAAAGAAGCAGAGGCAGAACCAGAGGAAGAGGGUGUUGGGGGUGCGAGCAGCCGUCGCACAACAGCAGCCAGAGGCACCGAUCGUUAAAGAGGAGAAGGACGUGCGCGCGGUUCGGCUGACGGACGACACGUUCACGCUGCGCGGGCGGUGCUACGAGCGGUUCAAGUUCGAGGUGGAGUACGGGCUGCGCGCGGGCACCACGGAGAACAGCUACGUCAUUGAGGGGCCCCUGGGCGCCGCGCUCAUUGACGUGCCCGACAGGGCCUUCGCGCGGGCCUUCGUGGACGCGUUCGUGCGCGAGGCCAAGGACGCGGAGCACCUCGCGUAUCUCAUCAUCGGGCAUCUGAGUCCGAAGCGCGUGGACAGUAUUAUUGAGCUCGCCAAGACACACCCGCUUACAGAGCCGCCCAUCAAGGUAUUCCUUUCCAACCCGGCGCACCAGACGCUCACCUCGUUGGUGCCAGCAGACAUCCUCGAUGCAACAUUCGACCUGCAGAUCGUGCGCGCGGGAGACACGCUGGACCUGGGCGACGGGCACAACCUGCAGUUCAUCCUCACGCCCACGCCCCGCUGGCCCGACGGACUCUCCACCUACGACCCCAAGUCGCAACUCCUCUUCACCAACAAGCUCUUCAGCACGCAUGUGUGCAAGGGGGAGGACUUUGACGUGGGUGGCAUAGAGGUGUACGACAUGCACUGGCGCUACUUCUAUGACUGCAUGCUCGCCCCCGUCGCCAAGCAGGUGGAUGCGGCCCUGAAGAAGCUCCCAGUGGUGGCCCAGUUCGCGCCUCCCUGCUACUCGGGCAAGACAGGCCUGGACGUCGUCAAGGCGGACGUGGGGUUCAUCUUCUCGCGCAUCCUCUCUGCGCUCAACCUCGACAUCGGCACAGCGGCCAAUCUGCGCCUGAAAGUGGGCAGCGAUAAGAAGGGCGCCGUGCCGGGAGUUGGGGGCGAGCCGCUGGUGACAGCAGCCAUCUGUCCCCUGCAUGGCCCCAUCAUCCGCAACAGCGUCACCGAGCUCGUCCGCGAGUACAAGAUUUGGACGGACGAGAAAAUCAAGCAGGCGGAGGAGGCCACAGUGGCCGUGUUCUAUGCAUCAGCCUAUGGCAACACCUCCGCGCUUGCACAAGCCAUCAGCCGUGGGCUACUGCGAGCGGGAGUGGGAGUGGAGACGAUCAACUGUGAGAUGGCGUCAGUCGAGGAGCUCAAGUCUGCCAUCCAGCGCUGCUGCGGCUUCGUGUGCGGCAGCCCCACGCUGGGCGGCCACAUGCCCACGCCCAUGAAGGAGGCGCUGGGCGUCAUUCUCAACGAGUCUGCUGCCAAGGGCAAGCCCACAGGCGUGUUUGGGUCGUUCGGGUGGAGCGGGGAGGCGGUGGAUGAGAUGGAGCAGUUGCUCAAAGAUGGCGGGUUCUCCUUUGGAUUCCCGCCCAUCCGCUGCAAGUUCAAGCCAACGGAGGGCAUGCUGCAGAUCUGUGAAGAGAGUGGCCGAGACCUCGCCAGGGAGAUCCGCAAGGGCAAGGCCAAGCAGCGCAGCACAUCGGCCAAGUCAGCUGUGAUAUCUGGGUCUGGUUUGGAGCAGGCGGUGGGGCGGGUGGUGGGGUCGCUGUGUGUGGUAUCAGCCGUCAGUGGCGACGGUGACGCUCAGAGCGCCAUGCUUGCCUCGUGGGUCUCCCAGGCCUCCUUCAACCCGCCUGGCCUCACUGUUGCUGUGGCAAAGGAGAGGGCGCUGGAGUCGCUGGUGCUGGUGGGGGGCAAUUUCGCCCUGAGCGUGCUCGGGGAGAAGAACGUGGGCGCAGUUUCCAAGCAGCUUCUCAAGCCGUUCCAGCCCGGGGAGCCUAGGUUCGGCGAUCUACCAACCAAGCAGGCCAGCAACGGCGCCACCAUCCUGGCAGAUGCGGUACGUGUGUGA